AUGACGGGUCCCCCACGUUCCUUCGUGGUACUUCCCGCUCCGUCCUGGACCUUACCCUGUGCUCCCCAUCGAUUCGCCUUGCAGCAUGGAAAACUCUUGACUUGGGCACUAAUAGUGAUCAUCUUCCCAUCUACUUCGAAAUUAUCACUCCUAGCAGAAAGCCUGGCCUGUCUCUUGAAGGAAUGCGCAGGCCUCCCUGCCAUCGAUUGCGCCGCCAAGGCAGCGGCCUCUUUGUCUCGCUCUCUCGUGAAGUCCACGUUCCAUAUCCAGAAGCACUCGUCGUCGGACUGCGCGCCAUGGUGGAACGAAGAAUGUACAAGAGCGUUUCGUCGGCGCAAGGCCGCCUGGAAGCAGCUCCUAUCGAAUUCAUGCCAUGUAAACUGGAAGAAUUUCCAGUUCCUUAAAGCUGUGUUCAAGCGCACCGUCUCGGCUGCGAAACAUUCCUUCUAUAAUGGGCGUAACUCAUUCCUCUCUCACCCGAAGCGCAGGAGGGAUCUGCACAGGCACGUCUCCUACAUCCGCAGAUCGUUCUCGGGUGCCGCCUCCCCAGAGUUCUCCGUUGCUGCCGACGAUGUCGCCAAAGCCAAGCUCGAAGACAUUGCUAGGGGUCUUUCGCUCCGCUUCAGGAAUACUGUUCCCCACUGCUACGCAGUUCCCCACGUGUCGCCGUCAGGCUUCUUCAAAGUUACUGAGGAGGAACUGGAUUCUGUCGUGCACGCCCUCCCAAAAUCAGCUCCUGGCCCGGACGGUAUCACUGGCAAGAUAGUAAAGUCCCUUUGGUCCUCCCACCCCCAAGAAUUUCUCAACAUCGUGAACAUGUCUCUAGAGCACUCAUGGGUUACCGACGAAUGUAAGGUGGCACAAGUGGUGGUCAUCAAAAAAUCCGUCGCCAGGGGUCUUGACCUGGAUAACAUCCGCCCAACUGCCCUGACCUCAGUCCUCUGCAAGACGGUCGAGCGCAUCUUGCAUCGCCGCCUCUCUUCUCACAUGGAAGCCGCAUCUACUCUAAAUGAUAGCCAGAUUGGGUUUCGUCCUCGCUGCUCCAUCUGGAUGGCUCAUGUCAAUCUCGAAAGCCAGAUCCGUCUUGCCCGUGAAAAUGGGAAGCUUUCCGCUGUCGUUACGUUGGACGUCGCCAAGGCCUACGAUAGCGUGGAGCACAGUGUCCUCCUGCAAAGAAUGGCUUCCUUAAAUCUUCCACCGUACAUCCUCUCGUGGGUCGAGAAUUUCCUCACCGGUAGAUCGUUUUACUGCUCUGAUGGCCGCUUCACUUCAUCGCCGCAUGUGCAGCUUCGGGGAGUGCCCCAAGGAUCUGUCUUGUCACCCCUGCUCUUCAACAUCCUUAUGAGCUCUCUGCCCCUGGACCAGGAUAUCCUCACAAUCACCUAUGCCGACGACAUAGCAUUCUUCGCCUCAUCGCCCUCAUUGCACUCGUUGUACGAGAAGUUGCAAGCGUACCUUGUCACCCUGUCUGCCUGGAUGCGAUCCGUUCACCUCUCGCUGAACGUGCAGAAAUCUGCCGUGCUCCUCUUUCCCCAUACCGGACGCUCAAUGGGCGUCAUGACUCUCGAUCUGAAGGUCUCGUCGGAGUCCAUCCGCCAGGCAAACACACUCAAGUACCUCGGUGUGUGGUACGACAGCGAGCUUGAUUGGUCCCACCACCUUGAAGCCCUGAGCCAAAAAGCUGUGAAGCCCGGCAGCAUCAUUUAUCGUUGCUCCGGCGCCCACAUCGGGAUGCGUAGGAAAGCUUUACUGUUCCUGUAUCAGUGUUACGUACGCCCGAUACUGGAGUUUGGCUGCGUCCUCUUUUCCCAUCUUCCAGACUACCGCUUGGCUAGACUCUUCACCAUCGAGAAGCGGAUGCUACGCCUUUGCCUGGGUCUCCCUAAGUAUGCCUCGAACCUGGCGCUGUACUCAGAAGCUCAAGUUCCUCCUUUAAAGUCGCGCUUUCGCCUGCUCACAGUAAAUACCUUCCUUUCUCUAUGCCAAAGCCCUCUCUCUCUAAGACACACGGCUGCCCUCAGGGACAUGCCUCAGUGGCUGUCUAGGCGGUGGCGCAAGGCAAACACCCCGCAGCUAGUGUUCACUCAGCGCUUACUGGCGCCGUUAGGGGUACCGCUGACUGAUCUCUCCUCACAUGGAUCUCCCCGGCCGAGUCCUUUGGUGCUGUCCGCUGACGCCUUCCAACCUGGCAUCACCUCUGCCAAUCCGGACAGGUUGGAAGCCCUCCUCUCCGGCCAUAUCAACCGUUUUCCUCACCACCUAGCGGUUGCAACCGAUGCGUCCGUUUCGGAUGAGCGUGCUGGCGUAGGCAUAGUCUGCCCUCGUUUUGACGCGCAUUUCCCUGUCCGCCUGCCUGACUACACUCCAGCCUUCGAAGGUGAGUUUCUCGCCAUUACCCUUGCGGUUAGGAUGGUCCCGGGGCCCUUCUGCAAAGUCCUAGUCCUGUCGGACUGUCUGUCCGUUAUCUCUUCUCUCUCUAACCCGUCAAGCCCGUUACAGCAGCUCUCGGCCUCCCUUGCUCUGCCUCAUGUCUCAGAGAUUGUGCUCACCUGGAUACCAGGGCACCGUGGUCUCUUGCUCAACGAGGCAGCAGACAGCCUAGCCAAGGCGGCACUCUCUGGCCCGAUCAUCAAUGUUCUCCCCCCUCUGGCUGACGUUACCAAAGCCAGGUAUCAGAGGUUCCUGCAGCUCACCGGGUCCUGCCUUGUUCCCCCCAGAUACGCCCACCUCUCCUACUCAUGGCAGCCUCACUGCUGCGCUUCUCGCCACGUCGAGGUGCUCCUUACACGUCUCCGAUGCCUCGCCCUCCCUCUUGACUUUUAUCUAUACACCGAGCUGGAGUCUCCAAUUCUCCCGCGUGCUUGCACUGCGGUCAGGACGAGACUGUAG